AAUAAUGCUUCAUGUUGUUGCCUAUAUAAAUGGUGCGAGAAGCUUUGUUACAAUAACUUCACAUCAAAACAAGAUUAAGAGGUAACAAAAUCUUUAUAUAAAAAACAUCACAAACAAAAUUAGAAAAUGAUCAAAGGGCUCUUGUUGGUUUUGUUCUUUUUAAUCACUGUCAAGACUUCUGUUUCUCGUCCAUUCGCAUGGUCAAAAGGUAACAUGUCACCAGGCCAAAACACCCAAGGCGAAAGUGGGUCGGGCCGUGGCCCCAACUGGGAGUACAAUUGGGGUUGGGGUUCUGCUCCUGGAUCCGGAUGGGGUUACGGGUCGGGUUCAGGUAGAUCUCCCACUGGUUGGGGAAGAGGAUCCGGUUAUGGGUAUGGGUCUGGAUCUGGAUCAGGUAGCGGAUAUGGGUAUGGUUCUGGAGGUGGCGGAGCACAUGGUGGUGGGUAUGGUUAUGGAAGCGGAAAUGGUCGGUCUGGAGGUGGUGGUGGUGCUAAUGGUGAAGUUGCCGCUUUGGGCCACGGUGGUAAGUCUCAUCCGUGAUGAUAAGUUUGUAAUUCUCCCAACUUAAAAGGUUUUGGGAGUAGUUUAAGUGUUUGAAAUAUCAAGGUUAUUAGGUUUGGUACCCUUUUUUAAAUGUAACUUCCUUUGUCUUGUAUGUUUAAAAUAUGGUAUGGAUUAUGUGGUUGACAUGUCUUAUGAACGUCUUUGCAUGUGUGAUACCAGUUAGUGUAUUUGUAUGCACCGGUUUUAACUGUUUUUGUAUUCGAAUGGGAACUCAUGUAUCUGCUGCAUACAUGUUUGUUGUUAUUAAAACUGCACCGCAAUUACUGUAUUAUGC